UGCAAAACUCGUGGGACACUACAGUAUUUAGCUUAGACUACAAAUAACCAUGAACCACUAACACGAAAGUCACUUUUUCCUAAUUGCAUAAUCAGCAUAGGCUAAAUGUUUAGGGGACAGCAGAAGUUCUCUAUUUAUUAUGAAUGUGAUUCAUUCUAAGUUCAAGGCCGUGCCUCCUCUUUACCAAUAAGUGGCCUCGUUUUACUUAUCUGGCGAGCCGGCUUCAAACGCCAAAUGAGCUCUUCGGCCGUGAUGUGCUGUCUCGUCUUGGGUGCAUGGAAACUGUUACAUUCUGAAAAUUUUUCGAAUCGGAGUUCUGUUAUAUAACCUACAAUGCCAAAAAAGAAGAGCGGCCAUAAUAAAGGUCGCGUCGAAAAUGGUUUGGACCCUUUGGAAUCGGCGAGUGUUGCCAGUGUCGCGAGUGAGGAGAGUGACGCGCCUACCAGUUUAUCGAACGAUUUUGAAGAUUUAGCCGGAGUGCAAUCUAUAGUCGAUCGAAUAAACGCAGCUAGUGAGGCCCUCAUGGAAAAGCGCCUAGAAACGCGCGUUAAAGCGUUGAAUUUCCUCAUCAACUGCUUUCGUAUGCACUAUUUGUACUUGGAUGAAUCAUGGAAUUAUUCCGCUACCCUUCUCGGUGGAAUUGAAUACGUUCUCAAGAAAGGCAGGACACAAGAUCAAGCUUUAGCUGUUGACUGCUUGACGGUUUUCUUUCUGCAAUUUAUUUCGCAGAAUAUACAGGACUACUUUGCCAGAUUUUGGCCUAUCCUCGACACGGCUCUUCGGGAUACUACUGUCUCUACUCUGUUACGUGCUGCGUGUGCCACCGCAUUAUCAAUUUUUCAGUUAGUAGCUGGUCAGUGCGACUUUGUGUCUUCCAAGGAAUUAAUGAAGUCUUUUGAGUCCGUCUUCAAGGGUUCCUGUUUGAAAGGAGAUGGCAAAGCUCCUGUUUUGGAUGCACAUGUCAGUAGCCUACAUGUUACGACUCUCCGGGCAUGGGGCAUUUUGUAUACCUUCCUGGCGUCGUAUGACGUCGGACCCGUAGGAAAAGCUAUGCUUCCUACUUUGAUCAGCUUGUUACAAGGCGCGAACGUGGAUCUGCGCAUUACAGCAGGAGAGGUGGCGGUAUUGAUUUACGAACGAAUUCGCAUCGAGGAAGAUAAACGGUUUCGAGGCCCGUAUUAUUGCGAGUUGACCAGGCUUUUGAAUGGAUUGUCAACAGACGGCACGAAAUCUCGAUCCAAAAUCGAGCGAAGAAAACAAAGACACACUUUUCGUGAGUUGGUGGAUGCACUGGAACACUCUGAAGUUACCGAAACAUCCAUCAAUUUCGGUUCUGAAUGCCUCCAACUUGGAUCUUGUACGGAACAUAUGCACUAUGAUUUGUUAUGUUGCUUGCUCAAGGGUGGUUUAUCACGUCAUCUACAGGAGAACUCUCUCGUACGUGACCUUUUUGAUCUGGGGCCUCCCGUAGUUCUUCCGACCAACCCAUUAGAUCGUCGUUCCGCACGUGACCAGCGGCGUUUGGCCAACGCUUUGGCGUCAAAAUUGCGAACCCAGAAGUUGAGCUCCCACCGAGACAGACGGAAUGUUCUAGCUGAAAUCGAUUAGUAUUGAGUUUUCAUUCAGAGAUGCCGUGUACAUACUUUUGCCAUUAGACUACUGACUAACCCGCUCUGCGUGUGCUUUCCUCUUAGCUUGCACGUGGUUUUCUGUUCUGUAUGCGGUUAUUCACUAACUCUAAUAGAAUUUACGUUAAUUCACAUGUCUUUGAUCACCACGACAUUCGAUGUGUAGUCUAGUUUAGUGUCUUGCCACCUCACUCUCAAGCGGUACAUCCGCUCAUUAGUCGGUGAUAUAUUACCACUUCUAGUUGGUGAGAUGACCCCUCUUCUUCAUUACCAGGUAACCGCCUGUGUACGGGACACUUAGCACUGAUCUCUCGGCCUCUGGAUCUAUAACUCCUUCGUGAUCUCGCUGCUCUGAACUCCUUUCCGGUCUUCUGUCAUAAGGCUGUCUCCUUUUUUCAACAAGUAGCCAUCACUUCAUUGCCGUCAGCCGGAUUGUUUCUCUCCUACUCCAAAGGACCAUGUCAGUUAUUUUCAAGCAUCAUCUCAACUGUCAGUCGUUCAUCUUGCGUCAUCGUUCAUGAAAUUCCAGCA